ACUAUCAUAAGUUAUUGUUUAAUUACCAGAUGAUUAUAGUUAAUAUGCUUUUGGAUAUUACUCAAGAUCUCCUUGAAAAGUCGCUUGCCACUCAGUUAUCAUGUAUGCCGCUUUGGAUAACUACACUAGAACAUAUUAGGAGCCCUAAGCCUCUCGUCGUCGAGAUUCUUGAGCCGAGAGAUGAAGACGAUGGACUUGCGGAAAGAAUGAUACCUAGAACCUCUCAGCUCAUUAAGGAGCGUGAGCUCGGCCCUCGUUUCCCAUCUCAAAACACUUUCGAGUUUGUAUACGGUAUGAAAUGGAAGGAGUUAUACGCUAUGGAGAAACAGCGUAGAGCACAGUUGGAGGAAGAGUUGAAGGAAGCGCGUCGUCGCCUCGAAUCUGACAUGGAGCUAGCUUAUCAAGACUAUCAGGCUCAAAUGCUUCGUGAGGGUCAGUCAGUUUUUAUUAUGAUUAAGCUCUUGGUACCUAAUUUCUUGUUGGUUUUAUUCAUGCGACAGCAGUUUGUUUCGUUCCGCGAUCGGUUUUUGUAUAAGUACCAUAAGUUGGAAGCCUUUGGCACCCUCACUUUUUCGCGAUCUUAAAU